ACAGAGGAGCGUCUUUUCUUUUCUCCUCCGCGGCGCCUUUUCGGACUGACUGAAAAACAUCUGGAAUAAAACUUUUUAUAAGUGUCGGACUCUGGGAUCUUUUUCUACCUUGUUCUCUCUGCGUUCUGGAUCUGAGCAUGUUACUCAGCCACUUUGUUCCUGUGUUCAUUUUAUACUUUAAAGCUGCCUCUGGGACCACAGUGUACGACACCUACAAUGACUUUGUGGAGGAAGACUACACUCCACAACUAGACUACAAACACCCUUACUGGUGUCAUUCUCCGGGUCUGACCAAUGGCGAGGUGACCUGUCGCUCCCCUCAUGGCGGUCACCAACAGACCACUCUGGGAACCCGCUGUGAGAUGACAUGUGACCGUGGGUACAGACUGAUCGGGAGGAGGUCCAUUCAGUGCCUGCCCAACCGCCGCUGGUCUGGGACAGCUUUCUGCCGCAAGAUGCGCUGCCAUGUGCUGCCCCUCAUUCCAUACGGCAGAUACACCUGCACCCAGGGCUUCAUGGUGGACUCCAGAUGUGAGUUCACCUGUGUCCCUGGAUAUCGCAUCGACGGGGAACAUUCACGUACCUGUAUGCACGGGGGGUCAUGGAGUGGAGCUCAGCCAGUAUGUGCAGACACUGAUCCUCCAAAGAUCAAAUGCCCUCCAUCCAGGCUGAAGGUCGCAGAACCUGGAAAACUGUCUGCCACAGUCAACUGGGAGCGCCCUGUUGCCACGGAUACUGCUGAUAAAUCACUUGAGGUGAUAUUAGUGGGUCCGGAGUCAGGCAGUGAGUUUAAAGAGGGAGUGCACGUCAUCCGAUACAAAGUGUACGAUCAAGCCCGAAACAGAGCGGCCUGCAAGUUCAUCAUCCGUGUUGAGGUGAGAAGAUGUCCUGAGCUGCCUCCACCUCUGCACGGCUACGUCACCUGCUCAUCCGAUGGGAAUAACUACGGUGCAACGUGCGACUACCACUGUGAUGGAGGAUUCGAGCGGAGAGGCACGUCCAGUAGAGUUUGUCAGUUCAACAGGGGCUGGGAUGGAGAUCCUGCACAGUGUGACGCUAUGGAGUUUAAAUCAGAUGUAAAGACCACAUCUGCGUUCCUGGAUCAGUUUUAUGAAAAGAGGAGACUGCUCAUCGUAUCUGCACCGAACAUAUCCGACUCUGACUACCAGAUGCAGAACAUCAUGAUACAAAAAGCAGACUGUGGAUUAGACCUUCGACAUGUGACGGUGAUUGAGCUCCUGGGUUCCCCUCCUCGUGAGACAGGUCGCAUCAAAGAAAGUCUACUGAACUCUGAAGUCAUUGAAGGCUUGAGACAGAUCUUCAGAAUCUCCAGGUAUUACUUCAGCAUGGUGCUGCUCGACAAGCUCGGAAUGGAUCGAGAGCGCUUCAUUACCCCCAUAGCAUCGGAUGAGCUGUUCUCCUACAUCGACAGCUUCAUGCUGGAUGAAGAGGAACGAGAGCGACUGGAGCUCCACAGGGACUUCUGUGAAUAAUGUAGUUAAGCUCUCUGGUUUCCAUAGUGAUAAACUCAUCAGUAACAAAGACGAGAGAGGACAAACAAGUGCUAAGCAAAUCCAGAGGAGCAUUAGGAUGAAAAAAGCACUUCUUCGUGUUAAAAUGUCAUCACUACAUAACACUGAAGUGUAGCACUGUUUCCUCUGUUAAGUCAUCAACUGAACAAAAACAGCAGACACCCGUGAAUAAUGCAGACAAAUACUGUACAUAGUAUGAACUAUAAAUACAGAAAACUGAGGAAAAACACAAUGUAUAGUAUAUUAUUUUUGUCAACAAUUUACUUUUUAUAAACCUACCAAAAACUAAUAAAAUAGAAUAGUGGUAAUAAAAGCUAAGAAUUAUUGUUUCAGAGGGCUGUUAUGGAACAUGUGGCUGUAACAGUUCAGAUGAUAAAGCAGGAUUUGGUUUAAUUCAGAUUUUAUUGGGUGAACAGAAUAUUCAAGGCAACCUUGAGGUAAACAUAGCUCUGAUCACUUUCCAAUGAUGAAUAAAAGUUAAACCUCCACACACACAUACAUAUAAAUGCAAAUAAGCAAAUUUAAAACAUAAAACAAUUAAUGUUUUCUGUGCAGUUUUAUAUAAAUAUUUGUACACAUUUGUGUCAUCGGAAAUGUAAUAGCAUAGAUUAAAAUGACUAGAAUUUCUUUCAGAUGCAAUACCAGACAUUUCAUGGAAGUUAAUAAUGGAUUACUGCCCCAUCCAAGCACAUUUCAGCUGUACACAAAUACGAAGGAAGUGUUGAAAUACUAUGACACCAUUUCUAUAUUAAGUGCUGUGCAUGAUCUGAAUUGUAAUAAAUACAUAAUAUAAUUUUAGAAACACA